CUAGGCCUGGUGACUGGAGAUAGACGAGGAACAGCACCCAAGGGGCUCUGCCAAGACUGAAAUCUCCACCAGCUCUUUGCUAGACAGAAGAAAUGUCCUCCUCAUCAAUCCGUCUCUCUCUUUCCCUGAUGUGCCUGCUCGUGGCUGUGGGCGUCAUAUCAUGUGGCCGGUCUCAUAUGGUUUUGAAUUCUGCUCUGGAAGGAGCUCACGGUGGUCCAGGUGGAGAAGAGAUACCUGAGAAAUUCAGCAUCCCUGAGCUCCAGUGGAUGCUCAGCAAUGCCGAGAUGGCCCCUGUGCAGGCAGAGGAGCCCCCUCAGAGCAGGAUGGAGAUGGUACGGAGAGACAACACCGUGACGGUCAAACCAGUCAACUGCAUGAACUACUUCUGGAAAUCCAGGACAGCCUGCUGACCACAGCCAGGACCCAGAGGUGUUUCCUCUGUCAAUAUGCUGCCAAUCGCACUCUGUUUCCCUCCCCUUCAGCCUCCAUCCCUGAA